GGGACCGGAACCGGCUGUAGCCAGGGGGCGGGGCCUCGAGGGCGGCUCUGGCGGCGCCUGGAGCGGCGUCCGCGGCGGCGGGACCGGGGGUGGUUGGUGCAGACCGGAGUCCCAUGGUGCGGGGCUACGGCCAGGCCGCAGGAGAAGCCCGAGCUCUGGGCCGCCCCAGCUGACCGUGCGGGCCCGCGCGGCCCGGAGCCGUUGCCGCCCUUCGGGCCCCGCGGGGGCGCGGGCCGGCCAGCCAUGGGGUCCCUGUUCCGGAGCGAGACCAUGUGCCUGGCGCAGCUCUUCUUGCAGUCCGGCACGGCCUACGAGUGCCUCAGCGCCCUGGGCGAGAAGGGCCUGGUCCAGUUUCGAGACCUGAACCAGAAUGUAAGUUCUUUCCAAAGAAAAUUUGUUGGUGAGGUGAAGAGGUGUGAAGAACUAGAGCGAAUAUUGGCAUAUUUGGUGCAGGAAAUUAAUAGAGCUGAUAUUCCCCUCCCUGAGGGAGAGACCAGUCCUCCUGCACCACCCCUGAAACAAGUGCUCGAAAUGCAGGAGCAGUUGCAGAAGCUGGAGGCUGAGCUGAGGGAGGUCACGAAGAACAAGGAGAGGCUGAGGAAGAACCUUCUGGAGCUGACCGAGUACACCCACGUGCUGCGAGUGAGCAAGGCCUUCGUCAGGCGCGACGUGCAGUUUGAACCCACUUACGAAGAAUUCCCUCCCUUGGAGAACGAUUCUUUGUUGGACUACAGCUGUAUGCAGAGGCUGGGAGCAAAACUGGGAUUUGUGUCUGGCCUCAUUAACCAAGGGAAAGCUGAAGCAUUCGGGAAAACGCUGUGGCGAGCCUGCAGAGGGCACAGCAUCGUGACGCACGCAGAGCUGGAGGGGCCCCUGGAAGACCCUGAAACGGGAGAAGUCAUAAAAUGGUAUGUGUUUUUGAUAUCCUUUUGGGGAGAGCAGAUUGGCCACAAGGUUAAGAAGAUAUGUGACUGUUACCAUUGCCACGUUUACCCCUACCCGAAUACUGCCGAGGAGCGGAGAGAGAUUCAGGAGGGCCUGAACACCCGGAUUCAAGAUCUGUAUACUGUGCUUCACAAAACCGAGGAUUACUUAAGGCAAGUGCUCUGUAAAGCCGCCGAGUCAGUCUACAGCCGUGUCAUCCAGGUGAAGAAGAUGAAAGCCAUUUACCAUAUGCUGAACAUGUGCAGCUUCGACGUGACCAACAAGUGCCUCAUCGCCGAGGUCUGGUGUCCCGAGGCCGAUCUGCAUGAGCUGCGCCUUGCUCUGGAGGAGGGCUCGAGAGAGAGCGGUGCUUCGAUCCCCUCAUUCAUGAACACAAUCCCAACAAAAGAAACACCCCCGACUCUCAUCCGUACCAACAAAUUCACCGAGGGGUUUCAGAACAUCGUGGAUGCCUACGGGGUUGGGAGCUACCGAGAAGUGAACCCAGCUCUCUUUACCAUCGUCACUUUCCCCUUUUUAUUUGCCGUGAUGUUUGGAGACCUUGGACAUGGCUUUGUGAUGUUCUUAUUUGCCCUCCUGUUGGUGUUAAAUGAAGAUCAUCCCAGACUAAGUCAGUCACAAGAGAUCGUGCGCAUGUUUUUCAACGGCCGCUACAUCCUCCUGCUGAUGGGGCUGUUCUCAGUGUACACGGGCCUCAUCUACAACGACUGCUUCUCCAAGUCGGUCAACCUCUUCGGCUCCGGGUGGAACGUGUCUGCCAUGUACAGCUCCGGUCACAGCGCAGCGGAGCAGAGGAAGGGCAUGCUCUGGAAUGACAGCGUCGUCAGGCACAACAGGGUUUUGCAGUUGGAUCCCAGUGUUCCCGGAGUGUUCCGAGGCCCUUAUCCUCUUGGCAUCGAUCCCAUUUGGAACUUGGCCACAAAUCGUCUCACUUUUCUGAACUCUUUCAAAAUGAAAAUGUCUGUGAUUUUAGGAAUUAUUCACAUGACUUUUGGAGUCAUUCUGGGAAUAUUUAACCACUUACAUUUCAGGAAGAAGUUCAACAUUUACCUGGUCUCCAUCCCGGAACUUCUCUUCAUGCUCUGCAUCUUUGGCUACCUUGUCUUUAUGAUCGUCUAUAAGUGGCUGGUUUAUUCAGCAGAAACCUCCAGAGGCGCUCCUAGCAUUCUGAUUGAAUUUAUUAAUAUGUUUUUAUUCCCGGCUAGUGACACAGGUGGUCUUUACCCAGGGCAGGAGCACGUCCAAAGGCUGCUUCUGGUCAUCACAGCGUUGUCUGUCCCUGUGCUCUUCUUGGGAAAGCCACUCUUCUUGUUGUGGCUUCACCGUGGGCGCAGUUGCUUUGGGGUCAGCAGGAGUGGUUACACACUUGUAAGGAAAGAUAGCGAGGAAGAAGUUUCUUUGCUGGGAAGCCAAGACAUAGAAGAGGGAAACAACCAAAUGGAAGAUGGUUGUAGAGAAGUGACGUGUGAAGAGUUUAAUUUUGGAGAAAUAUUAAUGACCCAAGUAAUUCAUUCCAUCGAGUACUGUCUGGGAUGCAUCUCCAACACCGCUUCGUACCUGAGGCUCUGGGCACUCAGUUUGGCUCACGCACAGCUAUCUGACGUGCUGUGGGCCAUGCUGAUGCGGGUCGGCCUCCGCGUAGACACGACCUACGGGGUCUUGCUUCUUCUCCCGGUCAUCGCUCUCUUUGCGGUUUUGACCAUUUUCAUCCUUUUGAUCAUGGAAGGGCUUUCUGCAUUUCUUCACGCCAUCCGCCUCCACUGGGUAGAAUUUCAGAACAAAUUCUACGUUGGUGCAGGCACCAAAUUUGUUCCUUUCUCACUCAGAUUACUUUCUUCGAAGUUUAGUGACGACAUGGCAUGAUCAUAUUGCCGUAUCCAACAAGCUUUCAGAUUUAAGGAGAAUUAUCAUGUUGUAGAAUUUCCUUAUGUUAAAUUGAUGAUAGGAAAAAUUCCAUCUUCAUUAACUGCCUUAUGAGACAGCCAAAUGAUUCUGUAAGAUAUACCUCUUCCUCAUAUGUUAAAUAAUUUUGUAAAGUUUCUCAAUUUCAGAUAUAUAAAUUUCUUUCAGUUUU